UCAGGAUGUGACUGCAGAGGACUCAUUUCCUCUUCCUGUGCUCUCUCCCAAGCCCCAUGGCAUCCUGCCCCAUCCUGCAGAAGGAGAAAGUGUUCCAGUCUGGAGCCCAUGCCUACAGAAUCCCUGCUCUGCUCUACCUGCCUCAGCAGAAGACCCUGUUGGCCUUCGCAGAAAAGCGGAGGAACAAGAAGGAUGAGCAUGCAGAGCUGAUCGUCCUGCGCAGAGGAAGCUAUGAUGCAUCCACUCACCAGGUCCAGUGGCACACUCAGGAAGUGGUGGCCCAAGCCCAGCUGGAGGGCCACCGAUCCAUGAACCCGAGCCCCCUGUAUGACGAGGAGACGGGGACCCUUUUCCUCUUCUUCAUUGCCAUCCCCGGGCAGGUCUCCGAGCACCACCAGCUCCAAACCAGGGUCAACGUGACGCGGCUGUGCCAAGUCACCAGCACCGACCAUGGGAGGUCCUGGAGCCCCGCCAGUGACCUCACGGACUCCGUCAUUGGUCCGGCCUACAAGGAAUGGGCCACUUUCGCAGUAGGCCCGGGGCACUGUCUGCAGCUGCACGACGAGACGCAGAGUCUGGUGGUGCCCGCCUACGCUUACCGGAACCUCCAUCCCCUCCACAAGCCUUCCCCCUUCGCCUUCUGCUUCAUCAGCCAUGACCAUGGGCACACGUGGCAAACAGGGAACUUUGUGGCCCAGGACACCCUGGAGUGCCAAGUGGCUGAAGUUGGCAGUGCAAAACAGAGGGUGGUGUAUCUGAACGCUAGAAGUCUCCUCCGAGCCAGGGUCCAGGCUGAGAGUGACAAUGACGGGCUCAAUUUCAAGGAGACCCAACCAGUGAAGAAGCUCGUGGAACCUCCCUAUGGCUGCCAUGGCAGCAUUGUCAGCUUCCCCAGCCCCACUGCAGAGUCAGACUCCUCAGGCAAGUGGCUGCUCUACACUCACCCCACUGACCCCCACCAUAGAUCCAACCUGGGUGUGUACCUCAACAAGCGGCCCCCGGCCCCUGCGGCCUGGUCGGAGCCCACUCUCCUGGCCGAGGGCAGCUGUGCCUACUCAGAUCUCCAGGGCAUGGGGGCGGGCCCCGAUGGAUCACCCCAGUUUGGGUGUCUGUAUGAAUCGGAUAAUUACGAGGAGGUUGUCUUCCUCAUGUUCACCCUGAAACAAGCCUUCCCAGCUGAGUUUUUGUCUCAGUGAGCCCACUGCAUGCUGUCUGAGAAGGGUUCCCACUCGC